AUGGCUAACGAAUCGAUCGAUCAACUCAUCUAUCGUUUUGUCCAAUCGCUUCUUCAACAGCAAACAUCAAUUGGCGAACUGAUUAGACCACUUGACCAAAACCUUCUUCGAUCACUCAAACCACUUCUCUCAGUACGCGCUCCUGCUCAUCAUUUGACUUUAUCGCCCUUCAUUUGUAUCUCGCAGAGUCGAACCUCGGAACAAAGGGAAACUAUCAUUGAGAGACAAUUAGGAUCAGAUCGUACAUUAUUUGACUUUCUGAAAAAUUAUCUGGAUUACGUAGCCAAUGUCGAGCUCGUCAAUGGAAAGGAAUCGCCCAAUGGUCCUAAUCAACAUGAUCUCAAUUUUGAAUUGCUCCUUAAUGUUUAUAACCCUGCCUCCAAUAUUUUCCGUCGAUCGGAUGCUGUGUUCUUCACAUCAUCCAUCCAACACCUUUCUCAUGCCUUAGUUCAUCUUGCCAUCACAGCAGACAAGUCAAGGCAGUCCAACAAAAACGAAAAAGCUAGCGAAGCUGCUCGUCAAAUGACUACCACACUUGGAAUUUCUUGCAUCGAUAGAUCUGUCGACGAACCUAGCAAACGAAGGGCAGCGUUCAGUCUUGCUAAUGGCCUAUUCAAGAUCUAUUUCUUUUUGAACAAUAUGAGGUUGUGUGACACAGUCAUCAAGAAUACCUCAAAUGUAAUUCAUCAACUCGAGACACAUUAUCCCAAAUCUGAACUCGUCACGUUUUACUACUAUCUUGGUCGUCUAUCUCUGUAUCAACGAAGGCUCCAUCAGGCUCGGAAUUCACUACAAACCGCAUUUGACCUAUGUUUGAGCAAGAGUUGGAAGAAUCCAGCUUCUUUACCCUUGGGAAUCCUACCUGCUCAAGGGCUUCUAAACCACUUCUCGCUUCAAGAUUCACUUGGACCAGUGGUUCAGGCAGUGCGGACGGGCGAUUGGCCAAUGUUAGCUGAUGCAUUGGAUAAAAAUAUGGAAUGGUUCCGCUCAAAAGGAAUUUAUCUCUUGAUGAGAGAAAAGUUGGAGGUGAUAUGUUGGCGAAACUUCUUUGUGAUUGCCGCUGGACUUCAGCAUGGAAAGCGAGGAAUGAGGCUCAGCCUGACCAGCUGUGUAGAGGUUGCCAGGAGGGUUUUUAUGGAAGAAACAAUUGAUGAACAGGAUAUUGAAUGUAUGGCUUGUAGCCUGAUUGACCAAGGGUACUUGAAAGCCUAUGUAAAGCUCGGGGAGAUGAUUGUCUUUGGAGCAACAUUACCAAAAAUUGAGAGUGUUGGACAUCAUUUGUCAGAUGGAAUACAAUCUCGACCGAAGCAUGCGACCCCAGGGAUCAAUAGUUCUCCAAUGAGUCAACAAAACAGUGUAGAGAUGCCUAACAAGCCGAAGAUUGGUUUCCCGAUUAAGGGUACGGGUAAGCCCAAGGGCAAGAACCGAUUUUGA